CUAGCAACGGACUUCUGCCGUGACGGCAAUGGCGGCAGGACCUGCAUCUCCGGCCAACAAACCGCCCCAUCCUCCAGCGGCGACGCAGAUGCGGCAACUACACCCCAUCCUCGCCGCCGACGCAUUUGCGAGGGACGGGAUGGUCGCUUGGUUCCGGGGCGAGUUCGCGGCGGCAAACGCCAUCAUCGACGUCCUCUGCAGCCACCUGGCGGAGCUUGGCGGCGGAGCGGGAUGGUCGGAGUACGGGCCAGUGUUUUCUGCGAUCCACCGGCGGAGGCUGAACUGGAUCCCCGUGCUGCAGAUGCAGGAGUUCUACUCGAUCGCCGAGGUGGCGGCGGAGCUGAAGAGCGCGGCCGCCAGGAGAGCAGCGGCGGCAGCGGAGGAGGAGUCGGUCGAAGUCGAGGGCGAGGGGAGGAGCGAGAGCGUCGGGGUCGAGGAGGUGAAAGACAGCCUGCGUUCGAAAGGAGAGAAAGAGGGAAUUUCCGAGAAAGCGAUGGAAAGCGACGGAAACGGCGGCGACGGCGACGGCGAUUUCGAGAUCGUGGACGUAGAGGACGAUUCGCCGGCGACUGCGAGUGAUGUUACCGACGCAGGUUCACAAGAGCUGCAGCCCACGCCAGAAAAACUCGAGAUAUGCUUCGACCAUGAGGACUGCGGGGGGCGUUUGACCCGGAUCAAAUUGACAAAGGAUUUCAAAGCAAAGGAAGCAGUUGAAGGGCAUAUGGUGAAUGUCGUGAAAGGUCUGAAAAUGUAUGAGGACAUAUUCACUGCUUCAGAGCUUUGUAGAUUGAAUGACUUCGUUGAUGAACUCCGUGCUGCUGGCCGAAAUGGAGAACUACCUGGGGAGACCUUUAUAUUAUUCAAUGAGCAAAUGAAGGGAAACAGGACAGAGUUGAUUCAGCUUGGGCUUCCAACUUUCAAACAUAUAGAAGAAGAUACAACAGACAGUGCAAGAAGUAAGAUCAUGCCCAUUCCAGCUCUUCUCCAAGAUGUCAUAGAUCACCUGGUUCAGUGGCGGUUACUGCCGGAGUAUAAAAAGCCGAACGGUUGCAUCAUUAAUUUCUUCGACAAGGGUGAACGUUCAAGGCCUUUUCUAAAACCUCCCCAUUUGGAUCAGCCGGUCUCGACUCUUUUCCUUUCCGAAUCAAGAGUAGCAUUUGGCCGUUCUCUGAUGAGUGAUCACAAGGGGAGCUACAGAGGCCAGCUCAUGCUUUCAAUGAAAGAAGGGUCUCUUUUGGUGAUGAAGGGAAAAAGCGCCUGCCUGGCAAGACAUGCCAUGUGCCCUUCUCCAGACAGGAGGGUUGCCAUUACAUUCUUCAGGAUUCGUCCCGACUCCAGCCAAGACCAAAUCAAGUCAUUAACCAGUGACAUGGCCCGAUGGCAACCAGGCAUCAGGAGCCCAUUUGCCGCAUCAAAUGCAGGUCUCUAUGGCUAUGAAGCAGUAGACAUGAUACCCCCAUUGGGAAUCCUCCGUGCUCCGGUGGUCAUGUUGGCCCCGAUACACCCUAUGUUGUUAAGUCCCAAUAAAAUCCAACCUGGAGGCACAGGGGUAUUCCUGCCUUGGCCCAUAAAAUCAAGGAAACCAGCACGAUACCUUCCACCUCGUGCCCAGAAAGGAAGGCUUCCUGAUCUUCCAUCACCAGUUGAGACACAUGGAGCAGACUGCACUACUUUAUCAGGAGAUACUGUGACACAAACUGGAGUCUCUCUUGAAAAUGGCCGUCUUUAGGCGCAACCAUCAAGGGCUUUUUAAUUACAGUCAGCAUUAACUCGACACUUGAGAAAAGAAAAGGCCCCGAAGUUGGCGGAUUCUGUGUUGGCCAUGUGCCCAACGUUAAUAUCCAACGUUAAGGACAAACGUGUUGUUCGGUCUGUUAGUAUUAAUCCCGAAGAAAGUCUGACUUGAACUUAAAUCUACUGGAGGCACUGGAUAGAGAAACAGAACACUUUUUUGGAAGCUGUGAGCCUCUGCUGUGACCUGUUCUCGUAUGGCUUUAUAGCAGCUUUGUUUGUUGUUAAAACAAGGUGUCUGCUGUUUCAUGAUUUCAAAUACCCUUUUUUCGUGUCAUAUCUUAUGAGAUCAGGUUCUAAUGUUAGGACCAAGCAGUUAGGUCUAUGUAAUUUCUUGUAGAUGCUGAUCGAAACGAAGGAUUGUGAUGUUGUGAUGACAAAUGCCUUACUGCUUGCCUGGUUCUCACCGGCAUUUCGGCGGCUCAUGCAUCAUCUGAGCAAGAGCAUGCUGCGGAAGCGCUCAAGUUGUGCUAUUGAAUUUCUGUCUUAUUUUGCGAAUAGAACCUCAAUAAAAUGCAUACUUUCUCA